UCAGACUGCCUGGUGGGAUUCCUCAUUUCAUUCCAGAUAGUGCUAAUUGACGGCUGCUGGUAUCUUGGGGACAUCAUGUGUGCCAUUUACUUUAUUUUGGAUUAUAUUAUCACUACUGCCUCAAUAGGAACCAUGGUGCUCAUAUCCAUUGAUCGUUACGUGGCCAUCUGUCACCCUCUGCACUACUCCGGCAAAGUCACAGCAGAGAGAGCAAAAAUUUGUGCUGUCAUUUGUUGGAUUUCUUCUGCUCUGUUUCAAAGCUUCCUGCUGAGAAGUAACCUGCAAAAGCCAGGCAGGUACAACUCCUGCUCUGGAGAGUGUGUAGUUGGUGUUGAUUAUGUUGGAGGGAUCCUUGACCUUCUGCUGUCCUUCGUUGGUCCUGUCGCCGUGAUCAUUAUUCUGUAUGCGAGAGUCUUUGUGGUGGUUGUGUCUCAGGCUCGAGCCAUGCAGUCUCACAUCGCAGCGGUCUCUGUGAGCGUCUCAGCUAAAAAGUCUGAAAUCAAGGCAGCAGUAACACUUGGGGUUGUGGUAGUUGUGUUUCUGAUAUGCACCUGCCCAUAUUUCUGUGUCGCACUCCUGGCUGAUGAUGCUGGGGUCAGCGCUUCAUCCGUGCCUGUCCUCCUGUUUUAUUUUAAUUCCACCCUGAACCCUCUGAUCUACGCCCUGUUUUAUCCCUGGUUCAGGAAAUCAGUCAAAUUGAUUCUUACACUGCAGAUCCUGAAAACUGGUUCUUCUAAUACUAAUGUGGUUUGA